AUGGACCGCAACGAACAGCAGAUUCAAGAAAUUCCACUGAGGAACUUAAAUUCCCCUGAAGAUGACGAACGAAGGAGACGUAUAAGAAAUAUUUUUCUAAAGUAUGAUACUGAUCAAAAUGGAUACUUAUCUGUACCUGAACUGAAACGGUUGAUCAAAGAGAAGCGAUGUACGGAUAUACCAAAGCAUGCAGUGGAACAACUAGUGAAAUUGUCUGAUCACGAUAAUGACGGUCGACUUAAUUUUGAAGAGUUUUCUAAGCUAUGCACCGAAAACUCGCAUUUAUUACGCAAUUUAUGCGUAAAGUAUUGCUCUAUAGUAGUUCCACCGAGAAAUGUGGAGCAAUCGGAUGUCACAGAUGGCGAGUAUGAAGAAAACAUGAAAUUUUGGCCUCCACCAUUAGUGAUGGUUAUUUUUUCAAUAAUGGAAAUUAUUUUCUUUGUCGUCGAUAUCGUUAAAACGCAAGAAACCGAUGGUACCAGCACUAGCGGACCGAUGGCUACACUGUUUAUUUAUAAUCCCCAUCUCAGGCACGAGGUGUGGCGUUUUCAAACGUACAUGUUUGUACAUAUUGGAAAAAUGCAUCUGUUAACGAAUCUGGGGAUUCAAAUUUUUCUCGGAUGUGCACUGGAAGUUGUGCACUGCUGGUGGCGUGUAAUGUUAGUUUAUUUGGCUGGUGUUCUUGCUGGUUCAAUGGGCACAUCCUUGUUCACGCCGCGAGUGUUUCUCGCUGGUGCUUCUGGAGGUGUAUAUGCGCUGAUUACGGCUCAUAUUGCCACUAUAGUCAUGAAUUGGAAGCAAAUGGAGUACGCUAUCGUCCAGUUAUUCGUGUUUUCGGUCUUCUGUAUCUCAGAUCUAGGCAUGUCGAUAUACAACAGUAUUACAAAUCCGUUUGAUAAGGUAGGCUACAUUGCGCAUGCUAGUGGAGCUUUGGCUGGAUUUCUCGUCGGCAUCGGGGUGCUGCGUAAUCUGAGGGUAGAGUCUUGGGAGCGUAAGCUGUGGUGGUGCGCGGUAGUGAUUUACUUUAUGUUAAUGAUAGGCGGAACAAUGUACCAUUUCAUAAAUCCUUCCCAUUUUUAUUAGUUUAAGUUGCGUCUUACAUGGCACAUGUGUGCUGAUG